AGACAUCUGGAGAAGCAGUCAAAACACCGCGCAGGGCACCAUUGUUUUCUAGCCGCAAACGGAAAUAGUCAGCGGAGGAGAAAAGAAAGGAGCCAUAACUUGCAGCUAAACAUGGUUUCCGCCUUUAGUUUGUGUCCCAAACAGGAUGCGGCAACGUGAGGACUACUUUCAGAGCCAGGCCAGCACAAAGGAACUGCAAAUAUUGCUCCCACUCCGCAUGAAAACUCUCAGGAGCCGUCAGUUGGAUUGCCGUCGUGAGUGCGACUAUGCGGGCGACUUUUCUAGUACUGCUGCUCAUCGCCCGCUUUGGAGGAUUUCUUGGCAUUGGGUAUGAAACGAUGUGCACUUCCAACGCCUGCUUCACGCUGCACACGCAGAAGGUCAGCUUUGACGAGGCCAACCGAAGCUGUUUCGAUAACGGAGGCUACCUGAUGACGGUCAAAGACAAAGAAGAGGACCGUCAUCUCCGCUCUCUCCUCUCCUUGUUCCAGGAGGACAAGCAUUUCAAGUUUUGGAUCGGCUUGAAGCUGCAUAAAGGGGAUUGUGUGCUAGCCGACAAGCCACUCAGAGGCUUCAAGUGGAUCUCUGGGGGGGAAGACCCGCACUUCUCCAACUGGGAGAAAGAGCCCGUGGACACGUGCACCGAGCGAUGUGUGCGGGUUGGCUACAAUCCGACGGGUGAGAACCCUUUGAAGUGGACCGCCGGACCUUGCAAAACCCACGCCUUUUAUGUGUGUAAGUUUUACUUCAAAGGAAUGUGCGAGCCGCUGCUUCUGUCGGGCUCCGGACGUAUAUCAUACACGGCUCCUUUCUCCGAGGAACCCCUGCAAGCUGAGAUCAGAUCCCUGCCGCUCGGAACCUACGCCAAGGUCACAUGCGGUGAUCAGGAGUCACACUUUUCUGUGUGCAUGCGGAGCAAAGAUGAGUAUCAGUGGACUGUGCAAGGUCCGUUCUGUGAGGCCGAGAAGGGAAUAUGUGCGGUCAACAACGGCGGGUGUGAACACUUGUGCCUGCAGGACUCGGAUCAGGUCCGAUGCCUCUGUAACCAAGGUUUCACGAUUGCGGAGGAUGGGCGUUCUUGUAAGCCACAAGACGUGUGCGCCGCGGACGCUUGUGAGUACGAGUGCUCCGCGGGGGAGUCUGGACCGGUCUGCAGGUGUCCCGACGGGUUCAAACUGGAGGCGAACCUACGUAACUGCUCCGACACCGAUGAGUGCCAACAACCGCACGCAUGCCCUGAUCAUUCGUGUGUCAACACACUUGGCAGCUACGUGUGCGCAUGUAAGGAUGGCUUCCAAAUGCUUCAUGGCAAAUGUCUGGAUUUAGACGAGUGUGCAAACUCCAAAUGUGAGCACGGCUGCUUGAACACGCUCGGAUCCUUCUUCUGCUACUGCCAAGAUGGCUUCACCUUGUCGGAGGACGGCUACUCGUGCACGGACGUCGACGAAUGCACCGCCGAGCGCUGUCACUUCGAAUGCGUCAACACGGAAGGGAGUUUCAGGUGCGUGUGCCCCAGGGGGUGGCGUGCGGACACCACUGGACCAGACUGUGUUCCAGACGUGACGGAAGCACCGUUGCACGAGUUAAAGGGGCAGGCGACACAUGCGGCCGUCACUGAGACUGUGUCUACGAGGGCAGUGGAGCUCCAGAGAUCCACUCCCGAGGAUGUUUCUCUGCCGCACGUGCCGACUGUCACGCCGAACAACGCGUCCGUGGCCGCCAGCGCCAAGGCGGCGAGCUCGAGGGUGCUGAUCUGUGUGCUGGGCUCAGUCGUCCCUUUGCUGCUUUUGGUCCUGGCAACAACGACCAUCGCCAUUGUCCGCUGCAGUCGGGCUAGAAAGGAAGCAAAGAAAACAGCGACGGACGGUUAUUGCUGGGUCUCCUCCGGUUUAGACCCACGCCUCGAGAAACUCUAUGAAUCCAUUUUAACUGAUGACCUAUGACAGGGAACUGCCUUCAUUGUCUGUGUAAUUUAUCUUCAUGCAUUUCUACCUUCUCUUUCUUUCUGAUUCCUUGCACACUCCCAUGCACACACAGGCAACUCUAGGGUUGACCUGUCAUUGUUUGCCAGCACAAGAAUAUGACAAUAAUAGUCCAUCCAGCCAUCCAUCUUCUUCCGCUUAUCCGAGGUUGGGUCACCCAGACUCUCCUCUCCCUAGCUACUUCGUCCAACUCUUCCCAGGAGAGGUGUUCCCAGGCCAGCCGGGAGACAUAGUCUACCCAAUUUGUCCUGGGUCUUCCCCGUGGCCUCCUACCAGUCGGACUUGCCCCAAACACCUGCCUAGGGGUUGCAUCCUGACCAGAUGCCCGAACCACCUCAUCUGGGUGACUUUACUUUAAGCUCCUCCCGCAUAUAGAGCUUCUCACCCUAUCUCUGAGGGAGAGCCUCAAUUGGGCCGCUUGUACCCGUGAUCUUGUCCUUUCGGUCAUGACCCAAAGCUCAUGACCAUAGGUGAGGAUGGGAACGUAGAUGGACCGGUAAAUUGAGAGCUUUACCUUCCGGCUCAGCUCCUUCUUCACCACAACGGAUCGAUACAGCGUCCGCAUUACUGAAGACACCGCACCAAUCCGUCUGUGGAUGAGAUCCACUCUUCCCUCACUCGUGAACAAGACUCCGAGGUAUUUGAACUCCUCCACUUGGGGCAGAGUCUCCUUCCCAACCCGGAGAUGGCACUCCACCCUUUUCCGGGCGAGAACCAGAAUAAUAGUGUUCUUUAAAUUAAUUGAUCAAUAUAGUCAUUAUUUUCAUUGUAAAUACACCAAACUAUAUGUUAUUUUGGACUGUAAAAUGUAAAUUCUUGUACAGAGAAAUGUUUUUUUUGUGAGUCAAAGCAACUAUUGGCAGUCUGGCUAUGACAAAGUUGUUUGUACAGUGGAACCUAGCGAGUGUAUUUACUAUCAGAAAUCAGUUAGUUUUGUGGACAAGUGUGCAAAACCGUGUUUGUGGAUAUGUAAAAAUAAACUUUCCGAGCUUUGGCAACGGACCUAA